AUGGACGCACUAGCCAUUCGUUCAAGUAUCUUCCAAGUACUGGCGGGUCCACAACUAGCCGCAAUGCUUUACACAUCUUUGGAGUUAAAGCUUCCUGAGCUUCUGACAUCGCCAAAAUCGAUAGAGUAUUUGUCAGUAAAGACGCAAACGGUUCUAGAAAAACUUGAACGGACUCUUCACGCACUUGAAGCGUUUGGAUUCUUUUCUUAUGAUUCAGAAAGCGGCCAAUGGUCAAACUCCCAGCUCUCGGCUGCCCUUUUAGAUGAGUCUUUGAGCUCAAUUGCCAAGUAUUGUAUUAUGCCUUACAAGUGCGAAGUCCUAUGCAAUUUUUCAGAAUCGUUAACACAGGAGAAGUCAGCCCAUGAACUUUUGUUUGGAUGCAGAUAUGUAGAAGGGCUAAAACGAAGGCAAAAGCCUUUUGAAAUUUACCAGAAAGCAAUGGCUGGGUGGACGAACUUCGAUGGAAAAGAUAGGAUUGACGUGGAGCUAAAUGAUUUCUGGAGGGUGCUGGAUGUAGGAGGAGGCGACGGAACACUGCUGAUCGAUCUGGCACACGCUUAUCCCACAAUUUCAGGGACCAUUUUUGACAUACCAGAGAGUCAGGCAUUAAUUGAUGAGAAUAUCGAAAAAAACGGCUUACAAGGGAGAUUGGAUUCGGCAGCUGGGAGCUUUUUUGAGACCAUUCCUAAAGGAUAUGACUGUAUUUUGAUCAAAAAUACACUAAUUGACUGGAAUGACAGAGACUGCCGAAAAAUUCUCGACAACUGCAGAAAAGUCCUGGAUGCAGGAGCCCAGCUCAGGUGAAUUGACUGUGUCAUGGAUAGGCACGACCAACAUGAUCUAUGGGGAGUAAUCCUUGAUAUGAACAUGAUGGCUUCUGGUAACGGAAGAGUCCGCACAAAAGAACAAAUCGAAAAGUUAUUAUACGAAACCGGGUUCCGAUUCGAUAGUAUUUCACCUUCUACUAAAAAACGAAAAGGCAAUACGUCUUCAUCGCUUGCACCAUCUGCUAAACAUUGCAUCAUUAAUGCCACCGCUAUUUAA